AUGAAUAGUGUCAAUCUUCAAUCUUCUACAUCACAUUGCGAACUUGAAUCACUCGUCUCCCAGGACCCCACAUGGACCUCGAAAACAGCCGUCGCUGCAAAUGGUCUGUUUCAUUCCGCGUUGCACAUGAACAUCGACGUAGACACCAGCUCAGCGUCAUCAGUAAACUCACACGAUAUGGAGCUACCUGGAGACUUGGGCAGUCUGUCUUUCUCUUCAAGCAUAAUGUAUGCUCGUGGUUUCAUGGGGCAGAACGAUAUUAGGUCCUCAAACUCGAACAUCUUCCUGGACGACUCCUCACUACGCGAAACAAUUUAUCAAGGCGGAUUCUCUAUACCUGAUUUCGCAACCUCAAUGUUUCCAGUCAUUUCGCGUAUGUUUCCGAGAGCAGUAGCUUCCCCUCGUCUAGUCAUACUUGGCAACAACAGUACAUUUGAAUCUGCACUCAGAAACAUGGCCGGUCCCAGUACGUUGCAGCUUGUUCGCCAGCAGAGCAUGGAUCAUCAGAUCAUUUACAUGAUCUUUCAUCGACUAAUUAAUGAUAGCGAUGCUUUCCAGGUACUCGAUGAACCGAAGACGGAGCUUGAUCAAGUUUUCAAGACGGGCAUAUCAUAUUGCUUCUCUCUUGGAAACCGCGUCCUUCGCGGUCUUAUAGAUUCUACCCCGUCACCUUACGACCUAGCUUUGAUGCAAAACAUCUUCCGCGCAGCGCUAGUCCUGAGUAAUGAGCGCAUCUUGAGUUACGUUUUGGACAUGCAUCAAGCGAGUCUCGCCAACCAACCCUUUUUCAUCGGAGACUUCGAGUACUAUCCAUUGGAGUACGCGGCUUCUAAAGGGCACAUUAAAGCAACAAAAGCGCUUCUCGAACACGGCGCUGAUCCAAAUCGGCAAACAAGCGACUACGGAUAUCUAAACAGGAUUCUAGGAAUACCAUGGGAACAAAAAGAUCGUCAAGUAGGAGUCCAAAUUCUUCGACUCUUGAUUGACCACGGUCUGGAGUCCAACCCUCGCGAACUCAGAAGAAGAAUAGGUGUUGCCAGCAGAGAUGAAUUGUCAAUAUUAGUUACUCACUGCUUGGACAAAAGUUUCCCAACUUUCUUUCACUGCUACGGUUUAACACUGCUUCUACUCGAACGAGAGUGGGAAGAUCCAUUAUCCAAGACACUGGAAGUCAUUCUGAACCAAGCCUUCUUGCAAAUCGAUGGUCAGAAAGCGAUUUGGGACUCAGUAUUGUCAAUCUCCCUUUCUGCUGCAAUACUACUCAGCCGCGCGUCAGCAGUGAAUGUACUGCUUUCGAUGGGUGCAGCUCCAGACACACACUGCUUGAUCAGUGCUGCUCAGGUUAAUGAUGUGCAGCUGCUCAAGGAAUUCUUGAGCCGUGGUCUGGACCCCAACGUCAAAGUGCCGGUAGUGAGUCAUAAUUACGAAGUGCCUCAUGCAAAUAUGUGGCGUCGGGACUCAGAUAGCACUGCGCUUAGUGAGUCUAUUGUGAAACGCUCCUCUGGAGCGUUCCUAGUACUUCACGAGCGAGGAUUUGUCUCAAGUCUAUCUCAUCAACCGACCGCAUUUGCCACGGCCUUCGUAGCAGCGUGUCAGGUUGGCGACAGCAUUCUGCUUGAUGAACUUCUUUCAUUGCCAAACUUCCCACGGAGGCAGGAGAAGCUAGGACAAGCCAUCCAGGGUGCCAUUAACGGAGAUCAAUAUCAUAUUAUCGAGAAGCUCCUGUCUGUGGGAAUGAAGCCGAACAUAGAAAGUUUGGACCUAGCAAUCCAGAAAAGAAAGCUGCCAACUGUUAUCCUCUUGGCCAGAUACAUGGGCAAUUCUUUAUCUCGAGGAAUGCAACAGGGCAUACACAAAACUACAGCACUCUUCCAAGCUAUACGAUGGGGUGACCAGACAGCUAGCGAGCACGUACUCAAGAUCGGGCACCCUGUCAACGUGUGCGAUGUAAUGCGGGGCGACGGGCUCAAGGACUGGGACUUAUUGCCAGAAGUCCUAGCGCUAGCGCCUAACCUAGAUGGACUCUGGCGAUAUACUCCUCUGAGUGCUGCCAUCUUAACCAGAAACAGUACCGCAGUGAAAGCUUUGAUGGCUUACGGUGUGCAGUCUGUGUUGUUCAGCGCACAUCACACAUCUCAAGAACACGUCUCAACACAACAUCCAGCUUACGAGAGAGAGGUAUGGAUUUUGACCCCGCUGGCUGCUGCUGUCGUCGUAAACGACCUUCAUUUGAUAAGAGAGAUCUUGCGCAUGGGAGCAGAUCCCUUUGAUAACAGCGCUCUUUUCUCAUGCGCUAUGGUUGACUGUCGAGAUGAGGUCAUCGCAUUGCUGCUUUCUGCUUUUAGGACACGAUAUCCAGAUGGAGCGCGAUCUUUCGGGUCGGACGCACUAUACCAGACCGUAAGACGUGGCAAUAUGCAGUUGCUCCAGCUACUUGCUAAAGAUGUUGACCUCAUUGGACGAGUCGAGAAAUAUCGCGAACCCAUUGAUCGGAGAUCUGUUCGGUUGAAAGAUACCGCGUACACCAGUCCACUGGCUGAGGCAGUACGUCGCUAUAAUGACAGCGAUAGUGCUGGCGCUAUGCUCGACCAUCUUCUGCCCCUAGUUCGGAAUCACGAUGCUGUUAUACACAAAUCAUACAAGCAUGGUGUCAUGACUCCUCUACUCUACGCGAUCUCUCUGGGUUCAUUGGCAACCGUCCGGAAGUUGCAUCAGACUGGCGCAAACAUAUCCUUACCAGCCGAAUGGCUAAUCGAUCGAACACCACUACAAGCAGCAUCAGCAGCCGGAAGCAAAGACAUCGUCGAAUACCUCCUUCGUGAAGGCGCCGACCCGAAUGAACCUCCAGCAGACCACGCCGGAGCAACAGCCAUCCAACUAGCCGCAAUUACAGGGAAAAUUGGCGUAGCGACGGUUCUACUGGAUGCUAGAGCUGACAUCAACGCACCACCAGCCUUUUGCGACGGCAGAACCGCCUUCGAGGGGGCUACAGAAAAUGGACGUAUUGAGAUGAUGAUCUUUCUCGUCAGUCGAGGCGCAGAUCUUCUCUCGCAUGGGAGUAUACAAUAUCGAAGAGCUGUCGAGUUUGCAGAGGACAAUGCACAGCAUGCUGCAAGAAAGCUCGCGGAUGAGCUGUACAAACAGGUCUUAGCGAGCCAGGUAACAGGUUCCAUUGAUAUGGGUAGGGACGCAUGGGCUGGCCCCGACAUGGGCAGCUAUAGAGAUUUCCUCUCGUGA